AGUUCUUCUUGGGUGAGGAAGCUUUGGAGUUUUUUGGCUCUGGUGAUUUGAGUGGUGAAGUCGGAGAAGAUUUUAGAGAGGGUGGUUCAGGUGGAAGGGGAGAUUUCUGUUUCUAUUUCUUUUUUACCGAAUUGGGGAGUAUUUUUGUUUGGCUUCUGGGUGGAGGAGAUAAGUUUCCUCUUCCUCUUGGAGGAUUUUUUGUUCUAGGCAAACUUGAUUGUCCCGCCAACAAUCCCUCCCUCCAAGGCUUAGAAAAAGAAGAAAUAAAAGCUGCGAUAAAAGAAGGGGAAACUAAGCAAAAAGAAAUUAAAGAUGAAAUAAAGCAGUUAGAGAAAGAAC